UAAGUACACAUCAAAGAAUGAAAUUUCUGAAGACCCGAUGAGCUCUAAUUAGAAGAAGUGGCACAAGCCACAUCUUAGUCUUGAUUCUAAGAUAAGAGACAGGGGAAAAAAAAACAAGCAGAAGAGUUGCUUCAGGCCAGCAUCUAACUUAGAAAGAUUAGUUUCCUUACACUUGACAGACAGUGUGAUUUUUGAGUUUUUGGUGGCUUGCAUUUUUCACUCAUCAGAGAGAAAAAGAAGAAAACAACCCUUUUGCAAUAAGAGUAUUGCAAACCUCUUAGGAUCCCAGUCUUCAUGUAAGGAAAGGGCCUUGUAAAGGGGUACAACGUAAGGCUUGCAACGUGUCACCUUUCAGAGAAGAGGCCUCAAUAUUGCAGUGGACUUCUAAUACCACCACUCCCUUAUUUAACAGAUAAGAAAAUCCAUCCUUGGCGUACCCUGGGAGAAAAAGCGGACAAGAGCAUUAUUCCUAUUGGCUUACUCGGAUUUAAGGUCCUGAGAACUGGAGGACUUGUCCCAGAUUAUAGAACGGGUCUUUCAGAACUUGACACAUGACUCACUGGAAAAUGACCCGUUUCCCCUUGGGUGGAAGCAGCUGUUGUGCUUGACUCCGGGCUAAUCGCGUGUCGUGUCCCCGCAGGGCAUGGAGGGGCCGGAGGCCCGGGAGCUGCAGGGCGCGAAUGCGCUGCGCCGCUUCCAGGGCCUGUUGCUGGACCGCCGCGGCAUGCUGCACGGGCAGCUGCUGCGCCUGCGCGAGGUGGCCCGGCGCCUCGAGCGCCUCCGCCGGCGUUCCCUGGCGGCCAACGUGGCGGGCAGCUCGCUGAGCGCGGUGGGCGCGGUCGCAGCCAUCGUGGGACUCUCGCUCAGCCCCGUCACCCUGGGGGUCUCUCUGCUGGCGUCGGCCGUGGGGCUGGGGGUGGCCACCGCCGGAGGGGCCGUCACCAUCACGUCCGACCUCUCCCUGAUCUUCUGCAACUCCCGGGAGCUGCGGCGGGUGCAGGAGAUCGCGGCCACCUGCCAGGACCAGAUGCGCGAGAUCCUGAGCUGCCUCGACUUCUUCCUUCGCGGGCAGGGCCGCGGGGACCUCCAGCUGCUGCAGAGCGGGAGGAACGCCUCCAUCGCGCUGUACAACUCGGUCUACUUCAUCGUCUUCUUUGGCUCCCGCGGUUUCCUCAUCCCCAGGCGGGCCGAGGGUGCCACCAGGAUUAGCCAGGCCGUGCUGAAGGCCAAGAUCCAGAAACUGGCCGAGAGCCUGGAGUCCUGCACCGGGGCUCUGGACAAGCUCAGCGAGCAACUGGAGUCCAGAGUCCAGCUCUACACGAAGAGCAGCCGUGGCCACGACCUCAAGAUCUCUGCUAACCAGUCCGCUGGGCUGUUUUUCUGAGAAUAUCUUUUCCCCCUAAUGACCGAGGCCAGAAACCAUCCCCAUGGGAUGCCCCAGAUUUGUAGCUCCCUCAGGAGAACACCAAGUUGGGUUGGGAGCUGAAUGCAAAGGAUGAGAAAAACUGUUCUUCAACAGUUUGAGAACAGUGGUUUGAGCCGAGGCUGGAUAGGGUUGCAGACAUUGCCACCCUUUGGGUCUUCUCCAAGCCCCACUAGGCUUUGAAGUCCUCAAAAAACCUCUAAGAGGAGACACUAGCUUUAAAACCUCUCUGCCAGAGUUUCUGAGUACAAAGAAAUCCAGAAUCCAGAGCACAUCAGACCCUCUCGGAACUGUGUGGGAGGGUUCAGAACCCAAGAGAGGCACCUCCCGCUAACACGUGUCCCCUCCCCUCUCAGCGUGCCCACUCAUAGAUCCAGCCUGCAGAUGGAGUGGAGCUUCCUGGGUGUCUUCAUAUCCAGACCUCCAAGGUACUCUGAGAGGGGAAACCAACUAAAUGGUCACCUAAGUCCCGCCCCCUUGUAGAAGAAACUGAGGCCAGGGAAGAGGAAAUGACUAACAGCUUCGUUUACUGACAUCAUAGCGCAGAGAAGGGAGCAAUGGCUUUUGAGUUAGUCCUGGGUUUACCGUCUAAGACUUGGCUUACUGGUCUGUAAAAUGGAUGCUAAAACCUCACCCUGUUGGGAGGUAUUAAGUGAGAUAAAGUGCCAAGCACGGCGUCUGGGUCACAUAGUGUGGCCCCCUGGGCUGGCAGCAUCACCUGGGGACUUGCUAGAAAGGCAAAUUCUUGGCCUCAGCUCUAGACUUAAGGAGUCAGAAAUUCUGGAGGCGGGGCGCAGCAACCUGUGUUGAAACAAGCUCUUGGGGUGAUUUGAUGCCGGAUAAGGUUUGAAAACCGCUGCAAGGGAUGUUGGUUUCUGAUCCUCUGAUGAGCUUUCACGAAGUCUAUAGCCUCUCUGGGCUCCGUGGUCUUCAGAGUCAUUCACAAAAGGUCAAGGACAGUGUCCCAGAGGUAAAAGAAAGAAGGUGCGUGGGGACGACUGUGUCAAUGCUUCCCGGGGCAAUUUCCUGCCAGGUGAACUAAGGGAUGUAACAGAAUCAGCCCUUAGAGGGCAGUGUUGCCCACUUGUUGUAAAAACUGGUACAGAAAGGAAUGUGAAUUUAAUGGAAAUUGACCUUUAUUACCUUCUCUGAAAACCUCCAGACCAUUUUUUAAUUAUUUAUUUUAAGUUUCUUAUUUAAUUACUGUUUAUUAUUAACCUUUAAUUUUAUUUAACCACAACAUUAGAAAAUAAUAGGAAUAGCAAGUUGCUGAAUGGGAGACUACUGAGGUUCUUUUCGGGAGAUGAAGUUGAGUUUGCCUUUCUAAGGUGGGCCAUGAGCUGAAAAUAGCAUUGCUUUCCUUGAAUAAGUCUCUCUCCUUCAGAGGGGAAUUUUUUCCCCCAGUGUUUUAAAUGAACCUUUUAAGUAAAUGUGGGAAGUUGUGAAUAGAGAGACCAGGAGCUGAAUUUAAGCUUACAAACGGAGGCUUGACUUGUCAAUAUACAGAUGAUGCAAGCGUAUCUAUCCUGAAGGUACAAGACUUUGCCAGCAGAUAACACUUGACCUGAAAACCCUUCCCUAUUUCGUUCAGGGGGGAGAAAAACCAAUUAGAGGCAUAUGAAGGAAGCACUUGGAAGCCUGAUGUCCUGUAAAGUUGGGUUUUAUGGGCCAUAGACAAAUUAGCUUGUGUUAUGAUAGUGAUGUGUUAUAUUUUCACUUUGGGAGCUGUAAGAAAUCUGUAAACUGUCUCUUAGAAAAUACUUCCAAUUUCUUCAAUUUCCAUUCCUACAAAUGUAUUGUUGAAAAGUCUUUGGGACCACACGCACAAUAAAACUUGGCUGUGUUAUUUAAUUAUCUCAUAUGCUUUAAAUUUACCCAGUUGACCCCCAUGCUUCCCAAUGAUGGCAGGGUGUCUGAGGAAGUGUAAUUUCAGUGCUGGGGAGAGGGGUUGAUGUUUCUAUAUUUUUAUUUUUCCUAUAAAUGGCAAUGGAUCUGUAUCCUGGUUUAUUCUGAAGUUGGUACCAGUUGUCUUUUUUUUUUAAACUGGUGUCAUUUCCUAGAUUGCCUUGCACAGAUGCUAGCAUUUUAGAUGACCAGAAUGUGCUUCACAGGGUUGUGUUAUGUUAUAAAGGUACAAUCACUGCCUAACCUCAUCUUUUAUUAAUGCUUAAGUUUAAAUUAUAUUCUUCCAGUGCCUGAGCUGUUCCCUAGAAAUAAACUGGGCAUUUUUGGAAGCCCCAGCCUCAGCGGCAGCAACAGCAACCAUUUCAUAUUAUUAGGGUAUUUUGCGUGUAUCAAAGUCUUAAACUCUUGAAGUUAUAAUUUCAGUGACCCACUGUACAUCUAAGGCAGGGUGUCUACUUUGGAGCAAUACUUUGCACGUUAUAGGAGCUCAGUAAAUGCAUUUGAAUAAUUUAAUGAACUGCUUAACCAUAUUAAGAGGAAUUUGUUGAUAAUGAAAGAGCAUCUGUCCUCUUAUGUGUCUGUUAUAAAGAUGGAAGCCUCGACCAGGAUUUAAGUCAAGUUCAGUUAAAUGGAUCCUAGAGACAAGCAUUUUCUUUAUUUCUUUUGUGGGAAUGUGAAUAAGGCUUUUCCUUAAGGCCUUCGUUCUAUAAAACAGAUUGCAAUGGUAUGUUGUAAAGGGAAGAAGAGAAAGGGGUAUUUAGAUUACAAGUGUACUUCAGAAAAAUACCCGAGUUCGAAAAAUAAAUAUGUUCAUAUUGAAGGUUUAAGUGCUUCUGUUGGUUUCUGGGGUUUACAAUCCUGUGGAUUGUUUUCUUUCACAAUAAAGGAGACUCAUUUGG